GUGGUGUCUUACAACGGCGAGGAGGAGUUCACAGAAUGACAAUUAAAAGAUGGAGAUUAAACACCUGUAAUAUCUGAAACCCAGAGUCACCAUUGAACCAUGAAACCUCUGACUGUGGCCUUUUACGGUUUUGCUCUGGGGCUUUUGGCGGUUGGCCUGCGAGAGUUGCUGACUGGCUUCGAGGAGAACAGAUGCAGUAUGACCUAUAUGUUUGAAUACCCAGAGUACCGCCGUGUGGCUCUGCCUCGUCGUGUGGCCAGACUGUACCCAGCUUACGGACUCUACCUAUACGGAGAGGGUCUGUACGCCCAGGAGACCCGAGCGCUCAAACUCACCGGUGCCCCCGUGCUCUUCCUGCCUGGAAAUGCAGGCAGCUACAAACAAGCUCGCUCCCUGGGCUCUGUGGCCUUGAGGAAGGCUGAGAACAUGGAGGGGGGUCUCCACUUCAACGUGUUCACUGUGGACUUCAACGAGGAGCUGGUGGCCCUCUACGGCGGCAGUCUGCUCAGGCAGACACACUUCCUGCACGAGAGCAUUAAGGCUAUCCUGAGGCUCUACAAGCACCUGAAGACUCCCCCUCAGAGUGUGGUGCUUGUCGGUCACUCCAUGGGAGGAGUGGUGGCCCGGGCGCUGUUCACUUUGCCCCGCUUCAACACCAAUCUGGUCAGCCUCAUCAUUACCCAGGCCUCCCCCCACCUGGCUCCAGUGCUGGCCCUGGACCCCUACCUGCUGGAUUUCUACUCUGCCGUGAGACAGAAGUGGGUGAACCAGGCGAAGAAGCUCAGGAACGUCACAGUUCUGUCUGUUGGGGGUGGUUACCGUGACUACCAGGUCCGCUCCGGAUUGACAUCCCUUCCUUGUCCCCCAGGAGACCCCAACAAGUUGUCACUGGUGGCAACUGCAGUUCCCAGGACUUGGGUGUCCACUGACCACCUGUCCAUUGUUUGGUGCAAAGAGCUUGUUCUUGCUACAGUCAGGGCAUUCUUCGACCUCCUCGAUCCUGAAACCAGACAGUUCACAGUAAACCCAGAGAAGAAAAUGGCUGUACUAAACCAUCACUUCAUCACACACCCUGUCAGGAUGUUGGAAGAAACUCAAGACAGCUCCAUCUCCAUCUUAGAUUUCCCAGAAGCAUGGAGUGAAGUUAACGCACUCCGUCUGACUUACAGCACACCCAAGGAAGGACAGGUCAAGUACUUUCUGUUUGCUCUGUCGAGUCGCAGGAAAGCCUACAGCCAUUUCUACUGCCGGAGCAACAACCUGGAGAUGACUAGCUGGGUGUACGGCUGUGUGCACAAGAACGGUUCUUCAUGUGUGCGUGCAGUGGAUCUGUCCAUGGAAACUGAGCUUCUGCCACCCUACAAGGUCCUGAUUCUGAGUCUCAGUGACUUGUCUUCAGUGACCCAUCUGGUUGUUUCGGCCUCCAACCUCAAUGGCAAACAGUUUACAGUGGAGUGCGAGUGGCAGCGACAAGAAUCCCAGACUCUGUCGGUCCCAGCGCCACAUGUCCUGUCCUUCGGUUUGACUGUCAACGACGUUUCAGUGAACUCCUCUGGACUUCUUCACACCAUCAAGCUGCAACACUUUCACCAGGUCUAUCAGGCUCUAAGAAUUAAUGUUGCAAGCCAGUGCAAAGUACCUAAAGAUAGACUGCCCAACGUGUACAGAAUAAAUGUCCCGUGGUUUCGCGAGGACUCAUUAACCACAGUCAGUGUGCCGUCAGUGACUGAGCUCUCAGGGAUGCUCCACACAAGUCGUCCAGACAACACCUCAGGUGUCCUCCUUCAGCUCCACACUGCCCCCAACUGCCAAUAUAAGGUGUCAGUAAGGACUUCAUUACCCAGGGUGUUGGGACAGAUACUGAGGUUCUGUGGUCCCAUGGUGCCGGUGUACACAGCUGUAACCCUCCUCCUGGCCUGUAGGGGGCAGCUGUCCUCCAUCCUGAAGUCCAGGCGAGCUGCGGACAUGAGCCAGGUGGUGGGCAAAGGCCUGCAGCCUCAUGAAGUCAAUCUGCCCGUUUAUAUUCUGCACCUCUUGCUGAGCUGGAGCUGGUUUCAAGAGGCCUGGUCGAUUCUCUACCUCCCCCCUAUGGAUGCCCUCCCCUCAGCCGUCCCUGACACAACAUUCCAUGAGGGUGUGGUUCCAGUUGAAGAAUGGCCUCACCUUCUGUCCCCUCUACUCUACAUCUUGGGGGCAGCUGUGGCAUACUGGGGCAGCGCCCUGCUCCGUCUCAUAAUGCGACUAAUCUCAUUAAUAUUAGCGCCACUCCACAGACCCUCUGUCUCUAGAGACUGUGGCACGGUGCGACUGCAGACCCAGCUCCUCGUCACUCUGUGUCUGACUGUUGUGGGUGGGCUGUCCUGUGGGGCGUUGUCCAUCUUUGUUGCCUUUCUGCUCCACCUUUACAGGGUACUGAGGCUUCAGAUGACAGAAAGAUCUUUGAGUCACAUGUUGAAUCUGGCCCCCCGGAAGCACAAAGGAGCUGAGAACGGCACAGUCGAUGCUGAAUCCCUGAGCAAGUCUAAAGAAUGUAAUGGCGCCCCCCUGCUGUCUGAGUGUGCCCUGCAGGAGGUGAGGGAUGACUUACAGCUCCACCUCUGUCUAUCGGCGCUCUUCACACUACCUGUCAUGCUCAUCGCACCCUCACUCAUCCACUGGAUCCGCAACCUGAGGUACUCCACCCGGUUGGAUCCUGACCCUUGUUGGCCGUGCUUUGUGCCUCUAAUUAUUGUGUACAUGCUGCUUAUUAACUGCAACACUUUAAAACUCAGCAACAGUAAACUCCUGCCUCUGACAUCCUGCCUCCCUCUACCCUUGUCCAUCGCCAUGGUGACCUUCUCUCCACUCCACCUCUACAGAGUCACCUACUUCCUGUUGGCGGCACUCGUCCCUCUGGCCUCGUGUUGUCUGCUCUGACGGUAUCGGACUGCUUUCAGUCCACGUCUCUACCAUAACAAGCCUUUCUCUAAAUUACAGCCCGACUCGCUGAAGCUGCUCCUCAAUGAUUUGUUCCGGGAAGAGGUACUCUAUCUCUCUGCCGUGGAGCAGAGCCAUAGACAUACAUAGCUUGGGGAACCGUCUGCUCAAUGUUAGCACUAAAAGCUCCAUGGCAAUUACACUAUGUUUUAAAAUGAGAGGAUGUAAUGGCCUUGAAACAUUUGGUGCAAAUAUGGCUCCGAACGAAGGAUUGACCUGAAACCAAGUUUGCCUUACUCUGUAUAUCUAUAGCUCUGCCUUCAAGGAGCAAGGACUCCACAACCAGUGAAGCUACUGAUACCAGAGAUUCUCCACAGGGUGUUACUGUAAAAACCUGUUGUUCUUGUUUCUGUUGUUACUAGUGUCUACAGUGGCAUUGUUCACUGUGGUCACUACACUGUAAACUCCUUCACUGCCGUCUGCUUAGCGAUGACUUGUAUGGUGUCUGAACCUAUUGACUCCUUAAGAAAAACCCAAAGUAAUCAUUUUUACACUCUCAGAACAAUGGCCGCAAAGAGAAGGUUUGCACUGGGAAAGGCUUUGGUGCAGGUUCUAAUCUGUCUUGCAUCUUUUCAAAAGAAGAAGCUAAUGAUCUGCCGUGAAACUUCAAUUGUGGCUUCAGGUUUUGACCAAUAAACCCAGAUCAAUCAGACGCAGGGUAGACAUCGUCAGAUCGGAUGGAUUAUUAAAAGGAGCGUCGCUAACUGUCUCGGAGCUAGAUCAAAUGAGUGAUUCAUAACUGAUGUUAUCCGACCGCCUAAUUCUUAUACAAGAAAUAUAAACAAUUUGAUAGUUUUUCCCAUUUUUGCUGAGCAAGAGUUUUGUGCGAAGGGAAUUAAAGGUCCAUAUAGAGGACGUUGAGUUCAGUGGUUGAAGCAAAUAAAAGCCCAGGCUUAUAAUUACAGCCAAACAUUUUAUAGGUGUGGCGUUCUGCGAGCUGUGGCACAUGAAUCUGUGUCUUGUGUGCUUGUUUUUUUCCUGCGUGACGCUUCACCUUCAGGUAACUCUUUCAUACAGUGACUGUUAUAUGAGCAGGAUUCAAAGGGAAAGCUACAGGAGGGUUCACCACGAUCUACAAUGCAUGUGUCGGCGUUGUGCAUGCGUAAAGGCCUCGUCUCUACUUUAACUAAUCAACACUCCAUGUUAACUCGUUCUCACAACACGGCUUCCAUUUUACCGUUUCCAUUGAACAGAAACAUUCAGAACUGUAUGAUCAAGGACCUCGUGGUUGCGUUGAUUCACAAUUUUGGCAGUUUUAUACCGUCAUUCACGCCUCGCUCCUCUUCACCGGCCUUUGUCGUGGCUCAGCAUCCAUGCAAAGGUUUGUCUGUUUGAACCGGAGCAUCUGCAGAUGAAUUCCAUUAUAAUCCACUAAAGUUUAACAAGAUAUAAGAUGAAUGAAUCCCCCUACUAGUUUUCUUCACCACCCUCUUGACUGUAAGGGAGCCAGGAGGGACAGUUGAGUGAGAUUAUUGGUUUGGGAGAGCAGGAGGAAACCUGGUAGUAAUAGUUAAUGCUGUUGACGUACCAUGUGAGUGCAUGUGCAGAACAUGUACAUAUUUAUAAGUCUUUACCCUUACACAUUUUUGGGGGGUUUAUAGUUUCCAGCAUUAAAUACAAAAUGAAAAUAAAACAAAAGCUUUGUUGAUGUUGUAGUAGAGGACCUAUGGCAGCAGUGCAGAGACCAUGAGUGAGUUUACAGGUUACAAUCAGGUUUAAUAACUUAAUAACCUCAUGUUAUCAGCUUUCUGGAGUGUCGCAGAUUCGUGUUUUGCUCAUGGAGACGCAUCCAGGUUUACAAACUCUUGAUAAACAUGUAGACAGUUGGAUUUGUUUUUACUUAAACAGAAAAAUACUAUGAGGUUUAUCAAUACAAGAACAAUCUCAGUCUCAGUCGUAAAACAAUGAACAUGAAAAAGUUUCAAAGGGAGGUGAAUACUUAAAUGGCGCCGCAGUGCUCGACCCAGACACCUCCAUGUCAGGUGCUAAACGGAGACAUUAGCAUCUUGGGAUGGAACAAAUCCUAAAUAUAGCUUGAGUGUUUGUGAUGGACACAUUGCCAUGGUAACACUACAGACCAGUGCGUCUCUGAGGUCCCUAAUGACUAUCAAUGUGUACGUUGACAUUUGAUACAAUGCAGCAAAAGCUGUUUGUUGGUAAAGUUUAAAAAAAACUAUUUACUUAUUUUCUCCAAGCCUCGCAUGUAUGUUCAGUGAAGGAUUAUGGGAUGUCUGUUGAGUAUUGCAGCUGACACACAGUAUAAUGUUUAAAGUCUCGGGUUAAGGGGGAGGUGUCUUGUGUUUGAUGGUUAACUAUUGGAAUGGCAGGUGAACACUUUUGUCUUACCUUAUGUUUAAAAUACCUUUCCGUGUAGAGCGCCUCACAAACUACUGGUCUGUGUCCUUUUGCAAGUCUUGAAGUUACAACAAAAAUCUUUUUUGAAUGUGUCUUUUUUUUUUUUUAUAUGCAAGAACACUACAGAUUAUAACAUUGUAAGAGCAAUUUAGAGUCUGGAGUUGUUCUAUAUAUUUUAUUACCGUCAACAAAAGCCAACGAUGUGUUUUUUCAUCUCAAUACUCGACCUCAAGACCAUUACUACCGAGUGACGUAAAUCUAACUCAAACUGGAGGUGUUUUGGGGACUAUUUUCCGCGGCAGGUUAAUCUACAUUUGGUAUUCUUGUGAGUAUUUUCAGCAGAUUGAGUGUGUACAGUGUGUGUGUGUGUGUGUCCAACAGUGUGGCUCUAUGGCUGUAUCAGGCUGUUGUACACAUGCAACACACGUUACUUGUUGGCAGGAUCACUUCACUGUUUGGUCUUCUAAUGGGAUUUGUUGACGGAAAGAGAAAUAUAGAAUAUCACCAGACUCAUUCUUUAAUGUAAGGUGUUAUAAGAAAAGGAUGUAAUAUUUGAUAUCUUGAAGCUUUUGGAUUUCUUUUACCACAAUUGCUUCCCACCAUCAUUGUGAUUGUUGUGAUGAAACAGUUUCCUGUGUGGUGUGCUGUUAUGGCGUGUAGGCCUUACAUUUAGUUGCCAGUUAACUGUUGCAAUCCCUCUGACAGCCGUUAGAGUUUCAUAACUUUAGUUGUAUGUGUUUCAGAAGAAUCUUGAACUUUAAAAAUGUAUGAAACACAACUAAUGACUAGUGAUGCAGUAUGUGGGUAACAUGACCGGUGAUCAAGAUUAUUCUGCUACAGCUGGACCGGUUUGAUUUAACAUGUGUUGUACUUGAAGCCUCUCUGUGUUGAACUAUUGUGUCUUAUUGCUUUGUCUUAAGGGGAGACACUACACGGUGAACAGGGUUUUAACUCACUUGACUCGACAUUGCUGACAUUAAGACGACUAUGUUGUGUUUAAAUAUAGCAAACGACUCAUUCUCUUAUCAAAUGUGUCCUAAUGUAUAUACAUUUCCAUAACAGAAAUCUGAUCAUUGACAUAUUGGAGUCGAAGGUUUUUACAGAUGGAAUUUUAAAUAUCUUUGUUUCACAAAAAUACUGUCAGCCAUUUAAAUCUUCUUUUCUUUUCUUGUUUUUUACAAAUGUGCCAAAACCUUGAGGAUGUAGAGCGGACUGAAAGUGGAAGGUCCAGUGUAUGUAAGAGCUGCUGAACUGGAGACUUCUGGCUCAGUCUGAGGAAGAAAGUCAUUUUGAGAGAACUGCAUUACAAGUUUUCUGAAAUGUUAUGUUUAAAUGUGUAAAUGAGGCGUUAUGUAAUGCUAACUUUGUGAAUUUAGGAGAAAUCUGCAGACACAAAUAGACAAAGUGAGGAAGACCUGAAAGUGUAUUUUGAAUGUUUUCUUUCCACUAGUCUGAAAGAAAACAUGUUAUGGAAGCAAAACUCUCCAAAUGAAGCCGUGAUUGAAGGAUGGUGUUUUUGCCUGUAGUGACUCUCCUUACAUCCUCCUGCUGUUGCUCACACCCUCGUGUUAGUGGAGCAGCUGCUGUGCCUUUCUGCUUUGUUGUGUAUGCAGCGUCUGUUUCACACCUGCCUGUCAUUCAAAACCCUUCAGUCCUCAGCAGCAGUGUCUUGGCUCAAUGAUGAAGGCCUACAGUGAAUGUACAGCGCUGCCUCUGUGUGAAUGUGUUUACUCACAAAAACCUUUCUUUAUCACGUUCAUAUGAUUUUCUAUUUGUGUGACUAUAAUGUACUAAAGAUAAGUUCAUUUGGGAGCGGUCACCUCAAGCAAGCAUACAAUCAUACGGCAGCACGCUCUGCAAAGACACCGCUGCUGUUCCCGAUGUGAAUGUACCUGCACCGAAUGUCUUUACGCGUCUUUUGAUUUGAUACAAUAACUAGUGGCGUAAGUGAUCAGCUUCUCUGUGCACUUGUCUGUUUGGUGCCGUUUCAGUGCUUUGAGAUGCACGUCGUCGGUCUCGUCGUGAAUUGGUGGCUUACACUACUUAGGAGAAGAAAUGAGUGGAGAAGAGAGCCGUGUUUUUAAAUGAAUAUAAAUGUGAUUUAUAUCGGUGUUCACUGUGAUCGAGAGUUUUCUUUACAAACUGGAAAAAUCAUCACUUGGACAUUUUUUUAAAUAUAUUUCCACAGACUUUUUUUUUUUUGGAAUAUUAUGCAUUUAAAACGUUUCGUUAUGUCUGUUUUCUAAAAUGAAAUAUGUCAUGUUUUAGAGUAGAACAGAAGAGCAGCCCCUUGAAUAGGCCCAGAAUUAGGUUGAAAACUUUGUUGGAAUAAAAUGAUACCGGUAAUUUUAUAUUUCAUAAACACUCAAUCUGAAAUGCUGCCAUUUUCAAACAGACCUGUUGCUCUGUUGUUGUGCAGCUGUGAAACAUGUCAUUAUUUGUGUUUACAUUUGGCUACAGUUUUAAUUCAGACGAAGGGAUCUUGCGUCUUCUUCUUCCUCCACUUAAAGAUUAUUGUCAGUUAUUCUCUAUUAAAAUGCUUCUGGGUGUACAAGAAGAUGAAGCUGAUUUGUGGAAAUAGAGUGAAGUGUAGGUUGGACAAUAAGCUACACUUCACUCUUUCUGUCUUGAUGGUAUGAUACCUCAGACCCCUUAUUGGUAUCUU